UUCAUUCUUCAUUCAUUGCAUCAACAACAUCAUCGCGACAACAGGAAUUAAGGCCAUUGUCUGCUCUAGCAGGUGCAACGUGCCAUUCUACGCUAUUGCUUAGCAUUUCUGUUCGUUCAUUUAUUGAUUUAUUUCAUUUAUUCAUUCACUUCAAAAAAGGCAUACGACUGACUACAGAAAAGACUAUUCAUCAAUAAUUCAGGUAUAUGACUGGAGAACCACCACCACUGACACCUCGAACCCCUCCUGCACCUCGAACGCCGCCGUCCAGGCCUUUGGGUGCUUAUCGAGGAAGCAGAGCAGGAAGAGAUGAUCAGAUAAACGCUCCAGGAGCGCCAAGGACCCCUAAAAUAAUGCCUGCCUGGCAAGACCCGACCUCCCCAACACCUAUGAAUAUGAGACGUGUUAGGCGAAGUACAUCAAAUUUACCCCCGCUUGCACGAGCUAUCAUGGGGGAUCUAUCUGAUCCUCAAUCGCAAAGUCCCAGUCAUGCGAGCGCAGCAAACGGCGUUGGGAUCCUUGAGGAGGGUGAUGUAGAGCUGGAAACUCGUUUAUCAUCCGGUGCAGAAAACGGAUUGCACACCCAACCUCGGCUACUUGUAACAAUACCUCUCAGCAGCAAAAAGCGACCGCAUGCCAACAACUCUAUACACUCCAAUGAUACUAGUCAAAAACAGCGACGAUAUGAAUGUGCUCAAGCCAAUAAUUCAAACAGAGAUCCGAUCAUGGGUAGCCCAUCCGUCCGAGUCUCUAUGGAGAGAAACCUUCAUUUCCAGAAGCCAUUAGUCGAGAAGCGACCAAAGUCAGUCCUUGAGGACCCAAUAGGAUCAGGCACAUCUGAGCGACCAAAUAAGACGCGAAAUCCUCCAUGGAACCAUGCUAGUGCGAGUACAACAAAUAUUAGUGAUGCCUUGCAAAGCAAGGUAGGGUGGACGAAAUUGGACGGUACUGAGACAGACGCUGAACAACGGGCGAAAAUAGAUGGAGUUCAGCUAGAAAGAAAAGGAGGAACCACAUAUCAGGAGACGGAGCUUCAUUAUUCAGAAGAUGCUAGACCCCAUUCUGAGGAUGAUCAGGGUGAUGUGCAUGAUAUUGAAUCAGAUGGUGAGGAAGGCCAUGGUCGUCCAGCAAUUUCGGACUUUGCUCGGAAAGAAAUGGAGGAGUUUGAGAGAGGCUUCAAUGGUUUACAAGGAAAAUUCAAACUUCUGAACAAGAUAGGAGAGGGCACAUUCAGUUCUGUGUACAAAGCAAUUGACUUGGAGUAUGAUCAGUACGACAACUCGGGAUGGGAUUAUGGUCUAGAUAGACAUCCCCAAAGGAGCUCUGGUGAGGCCGAGGAGCAGAAAGAAGAAACCAAAGAUAUACCAGAGGUCGCUGUAAAAUCGAAUAAUGCCAAAGAAGGCAAAGUUGUUGCAAUUAAGCGUAUCUAUGUCACAAGUAGUCCGCGGAGGAUUGAAAAUGAAAUAUCUAUUUUGCGCCAGCUCAGCGGCCAUAAGAAUGUAGUACCACUCAUCACAGCCUUCCGUUCCAUGGACCAAGUCAUUGUAGUAUUACCUUACUUUGAACACCGCGAUUUUCGGGACUACUACAAGACUUUGCCAAUGGAUGAUAUUCGCUGCUAUUUUCGAGCCCUCUUGAGAGGACUUGAGCAUGUACAUUCAUUUGGGAUCAUUCAUAGAGAUAUUAAGCCAAGCAACUUCCUUUACGACACAGAGGCAAGGACGGGUUUAAUCGUGGAUUUUGGGUUGGCUCAUCGGCAGGAAGAUCCACCCACCAGGGAAAACGAUACAUCUACUACCCCUGAGUCUAAGGCGGCCAGGGAUAGCCGAGUUUCAGUUGACAAUAGAAUAAAUACGAAUAUCCAACCACAGGUAGCCGUUGCAAGAAACAUUAUGACAGGGACCUCAGACGUCAAUGCUGAGAAAACUAAUGUGGCUCAUUCUCUAGCAACCUCCAAUGUUAAAACUGAAGAUACAGCAAUUCGAACGGGUUCAGGCGUCAAAAAUACAUCUGUUGCUACUAGUAAUCCAGCAAACCAAUCAGGCAAUCAAGUAUCCGGCACUGAGUUGUCUAAUGUCUCAGUCUCUGCACCGUCAUCAGCAUUCCAAACGUUAACAUCUAUCAACAGUACAAAGCAAAAAAUACCAACCUCUGUUCCCAUGCCAGGGCCAAUCAACUCACAGAAUUCAAUCCUUGCUACGAACCGUGAGCCUGGAGUACUUCGAAAAGACCCAAGGCCAGUAGUAAGGGUCAAUCGAGCCGGGACAAGAGGGUUCCGUGCACCUGAGGUGCUAUUUAGACAUUUACAUCAGACAAUUGCGUUGGAUAUAUGGUCGGUGGGAUGUAUUCUGAUAGCCUUCUUGACAGGAAGGUUCCCAUUUUUCAAUUCAAUCGACGAUGUUGAAGCUGUGCUCGAAAUCGCCAUUCUUUUUGGAAGACAUGAAAUGGAAAAAGCCGCAGCGACAUUUGACCGAUCUUUCGUUACCAAUGUGCCCACUGUUAAAGAUGAACCUAUUUGCCUUCUUAAAAUAUGCCGGGUUUUGAAUCCAACUCGAUUCAAUCCGCCUCCGGGGUAUGUCACCCAAUUUUCGCAUCGGAAAAUUGCAGCUAUAUCAGCCGCUAGAGCUGCUAGAGCUCUUAGAGCUGCUAGAGCACAACAGCUAUCUCUGAGUGGUAUAACAGCGUCACAAACAAGCCUUGUGCAGCAGAGUCAACAGCGCCCUAUGUUCACCUCAAAUGAUCCUAGAGGAUUAAAGCACCAACAGGCGCCUACUGUAUCUUACACUAAGGAUGAUAGACAACUCACUCAUACAGCUCAUUCACAACAACCAUCGAGCAUAGUGUCAAAUGGCAAGUUAAAUCCGAAUGAUGGACUUAAAAACCGCACCACUCAUUCUACAACGAUUACGCGCGGAACUAAAACAGGCUCCGCUAGCACCAUUCAGCCUCCCUACAACCCGUCCAUGGCUCACCCACAUGUAGCUAAUAAUGAUGCUAGCGAUAAAAACAAGAAAGCGGAUAAUGGCAGUUCAACGUCAGCAUUACUACAAAAUAUGAAGCAUGGGGAUGGGGAUGACUAUGAGAAUGAAAAAGAUGAUCGCCACGUCGAUAUUGAUGAGUUUGCUGCAGCUGCAGAAUGUACUGCAACUGAAAGCAAGAGUGUAGGCAAAAAUGCAACAGAAGAAUUCCGGAGGAAAGCACGAUCUAAGAAACCCCCCGUUAUUGGAACUGAUUCACAAGAGGAUCUUAUUCUGGCAGUAGAUCUCCUGGAGCAGAUGUUGACGCUUGAUCCAAGACGGAGGAUCACAGCCGCAAACGCGCUAAAGCAUCCCUUUUUGGCAGAGAAAAAAAAAGAGUGAAGAUUAUUAGUGCUGAAAGGUGUACUAUACACUAUUGUUUUGUAGCUUUUGUCAGAUUUUAUACAUGUACAAUAUACUUUAAUAUACUUUGCAUUGUAUGACCGUAUGGGCCACUCUAAUGCGCGUUAUUU